CAACAACAAAAACAAAAUAAAAAAAAUUACUAAAAGUUCAAAUGCUUGUUUUGUAUAGGCUACCUCUGACUCUGAAGGCUUGUCAAGUGUGUAUGGCUUCACAAUAUAAAUCCCUUUGCUGGCCAGUUCACUGUUCCUUCAUGAUGAUAGUUGGGCAUUGAUUUGGUCCAGUCAGUGGGGACUUGCAGUGUACAGCUGGUUAGAUGUCUCUUGGUACAUUCACAACAUUCUCUACAGAUUGACCAAUAAGUACCUAUUUGCUUCAAAGUGAACGGAGGACGAAGGACGUGUUAUUUCGGACUGGCAGGCCCACCAGAAAAAUGUCGAGAGAGUCAAAGCUCAAGGGAAGCAAAAUUCCCCGUUACACAGGUUGGCAGAAGGCCACACCACAGGCAUCCCAAGCCAGACUUGUCGCCACUGAUUCUAAGAUCACAAAUAAGAAGGACAGGUCGGACGAAAUCCCAAAAUGCCGGAGACAGAUACUGAAGGAUGAAACUUUUGAGAAAGAUAUGAAAGGUUUGAAAUUUGAACCUGAUGAAGAAUCUUUAAAGAGUAUCCUUAACAACCAAGGAAUAAGGCCAGUCACUGAUGAACGCAGGAAUACUACAUCAGCUUCGGGACACAGAUGUUCUGUGUACUACCAGCCGUCCUCGUCACGGAUGUCGCUCAUAGAGUCUCAGGCUGCGUUUAAGAAGAACAUGCAACUUCACAUGGAAGUGAUGAGGAAGUUGAAUAUAGGAACACCAGCACCCAAGAAACAGCAAGAUGCACAAAAGUCAGAGAAUAGUGGUAGUACUCACAAGAGACCUUGCUCUGUGUACUUUUCCCUGAAGGCAAAGCUUGAAAUGACACCCCCUACAAGGACUUCCAACAGUCUCCAAAACACUCCUAAAACCAAUGAUCGUAGAACGGGUUUCCCUAGAAACUGCCUCACGGAAAUAAAGGAAAAUGUGAUCAGCAACAAAUUGUCAGAAAGACUUUUAAGUGAAGAAAAGAAGCUGAGCUUGUGUGAUAGACAUAAGUCUGAACUGCAUAGGUUCACACUCUGUGACAGACAUUUGAAUGAGCAGCAGAAUCUCAGUAUGAAGGACAGAGGGGCUGACAGUGUUACAGGGAAGAUGAAUAAAACUGAAUCUGAGGGUGACACAACUACCGAAAAAAUUCCUGGCAGUUCUGUUUUACGGAAAGAUGUGGCAACUUCUCUCGCUCCUCUUAAUGAGGAAAAUGAAUUUGCUGAUGACAGGUCUACGCAUGAAAUACUCAAUCCAGCUGUGGUUAGUAUGAAUGACGCGAGUGCCUCAAGCGUAACUCACCUAGUGUGGUCGAGCCAGAGAACAGUCUGUACGCCAACCAACUCUGUGUCGACUGUUAUGGCCAACUCUGGUGAUUUUUCUCGGGUCAGAGAGUACCCACAUGGCUCUACAUCUGCCUCAAUGGUCUCUGGCACCCCCCACAGGCUUGACUUUGGGGAAGAAAUGCCAGGGGCUGCGGCAUCAUCGUCUGCGAACGUUGCACAAAAUGUGACGCCUCGCCAGAGAGUGCUGAAUGGUACCGAGUGUGUGAACGGUGUGUGUAGGACUCCUGUUACUCGAGGCAAUAGCUUAAACACAAUCCAUGGUCUCAGACGAGGGGCCGGUACUCCGACUUUCCAAGCCUGGACGCCUUCCCCUGCCCCAGCCCGCGUGACUAGCGUGUCAAAAGGAGGGAUGGGAGGGCUGCCUGGACGAACGCCCGUACUCUCUUCCUGUCUGAAGAAAAAGCUCUCCCUUGAUUUUGUCUCCAGGUUGGCCAGACGAUACAGCAAGGGACACAAUCCACCACAAAGAAGAAACUGCGAUGGUUAGACGUAUCAAGCCAGUAGUUUACAGACAGGUAUUGUUGGUUGUCGAGUGACCGGAUUCGUCCAUCGAAGAGAAUAAGCUGAGCUAAACAAAAUGGAGUACCGGCUCAAGACGUCGGCGGGAGAAGCUGCUGUAGGAUGUCAUAGUUUUUGGCUGAGCCUGAAUAAAGUGAGAAUAGAGGACAACUCAUGACUACUACUUGACA